AUGGCAGAUGAGGUAGCUCCAGAAGAAGCACCAUCUACAGAGGUUCCACCUGAAGAGAGCCUGCCACUAGAAGUCUCUCAGACACGUGAUCCCAACCGCACAAUCCUAUUCAGACACUGGAACCGACCUACUUACCUGCAGUACAAGUAUCUGUAUGACUACCGCCAUAAUUACUAUGAUGAUGUUAUCGAUUAUCUGGAUAGGAAGACGAAGGGGCUUAACCGGGAUAUCCCACGAGCACAGACGUGGGCUGAGCGGGUCCUUCGUACAUAUACGAAGGAUACAAAAUCAGCAGCUUUUCAAGGCAGAAAUAAGGACAUCGAACUUCUAAAAUCAAUCCGCGCCAGCAACAGUUACUACUGCUUCCACAGCAGAAACUAUCUGAUCAGGAAGUACCCGGCUCUUGGUCUAUAA